UAAAUUUAAUUAAAUAAAAUUUAAAAAAAAAAAAACCAAAGGGAAAGCAAUGAAUGAAAUGGGUGGUAUCAUCAGAAUGAUGAAGAAACCAAGGGCUUCCCUUCUCUUCUCUCUACUAUAAGCUCUUCACUCUAACCCUAAAUUUUCCAUUUUUGCUUUUAGGGUUAUCUUUUGUUGCUUCUACUGCUGUUUUUCUUCAUCAGAAUUGUCAUCUGCAAAAUGUUAUAGAUUUCGUUUUGAGCUGCAGUCCCUUCAAUUUUCGGGGAAUCGAAAUGUAUGUGUAGAAGUGUUGAUUCACAAGGGCGUAUAGUGUUAUAAGUUGAAUUCAAUAAUGGACACUGUGAGGGCUUGGGUCAAUAAGUUGAAAUCAAAGGAAAAGGUGAGGUCAUCGAAAAGCAAGGAAACUACAACAACAAGCAAUGUGAAAGAGGGAUUGAAAGCACCUGCAAGUGAAGAAGUACCUUCAACUGUAACGAAACAGAAGGUCGCAGCUGCAAAGCAGUAUAUAGAAAAUCAUUACAAGAAGCAGAUGAAAAGCUUGCAGGAGAGGAGAGAACGACGUAAUGUACUUGAAAAGAAGUUGGCCGAUGCUGAAGUCUCCGAGGAAGAGCAGAGCAACUUACUCAAGUAUUUGGAGAAGAAGGAAACGGAAUACAUGCGUCUUCAAAGGCAUAAAAUGGGUGCUGAUGAUUUUGAGCCAUUAACAAUGAUUGGGAAGGGUGCAUUUGGAGAGGUUAGAGUGUGUAGAGAAAAAGCAACAGGUCAUGUAUAUGCAAUGAAGAAGCUAAAGAAGUCAGAGAUGCUUCGCAGAGGCCAAGUUGAACAUGUGAAAGCUGAAAGGAAUCUACUUGCAGAGGUUGACAGUAAUUGCAUUGUCAAACUAUAUUGUUCCUUUCAAGACGAGGAAUAUUUAUAUCUCAUCAUGGAAUAUCUUCCUGGUGGAGAUAUGAUGACUUUACUGAUGCGGAAGGACACUUUGACUGAAGAUGAGGCUAGGUUUUAUGUCGGAGAAACAGUGCUUGCUAUUGAAUCGAUUCAUAAACAUAAUUAUAUUCAUAGAGAUAUCAAACCUGACAACUUGCUGCUCGACAAAGAUGGUCACAUGAAAUUAUCAGAUUUCGGAUUGUGUAAACCACUGGACUGUAGUAAUCUCCAAGAAAAAGAUUUUUCUGUUGGAAACAACCUUAGCGGGGCUCUUCAGAGUGAUGGACGGCCUGUUGCACCAAAACGCACCCAACAGGAGCAAUUGCAGCACUGGCAGAGAAAUAGAAGAAUGCUUGCUUAUUCUACUGUUGGAACACCUGACUAUAUUGCCCCCGAGGUUCUGCUGAAGAAAGGAUAUGGGAUGGAAUGUGAUUGGUGGUCACUUGGUGCCAUCAUGUACGAAAUGCUUGUGGGAUAUCCACCCUUUUACUCGGAUGAACCUAUGUCAACCUGCAGGAAGAUAGUAAAUUGGAGAACCCAUUUGAAAUUUCCAGAAGAAGCAAGGCUUUCUCCGGAGGCAAAGGACCUGAUUAGUAAACUCUUAUGUAAUGUUGAUCAGAGGCUUGGAACCAAAGGGGCGGAUGAAAUUAAGGCUCAUCCAUGGUUCAAUGGUAUUGAGUGGGACAAGUUGUAUCAAAUGAAAGCUGCAUUUAUUCCUGAGGUCAAUGAUGAAUUGGAUACUCAGAACUUUGAGAAGUUUGAUGAGGGUGAGAACGAAAUUCAAAGCUCAUCAAAAGCAGGCCCGUGGAGAAAGAUGCUGUCAUCUAAGGACAUCAACUUUGUGGGAUACACAUAUAAAAACUUCGAAAUUGUAAACGAUCAUCAAUUACCUGGGAUAGCUGAGUUGAAAAAGAAGAGCACAAAAAGUAAAAGGCCUUCCAUCAAAACCCUUUUUGAUGAUGAGUCUGCUGUAGCUACUAACCAGCAACCUGUACAAGGGAGCUUUUUGAAACUUCUCCCACCCCAACUGGAACUUCCAGAGAAGCAGAGUGAAUCCAAGUGAGGCUCGAUCGAACUAAUUUUCCAAUUUGUUUUUCUUCAUAACAUCAGAUUGCGGCCAGCAGCAUCCGAAGAUGAUAUGAUAUUUAACUAAUGAUAGAGAUGAACAGACUUUUUAUGGGGCAAAUGCCCUGGGAGAGAGUGGUUUGGGGGAAUACUAUAUAGCACUUGGUCAGAUACCUUAUUUGCAUUUUUCUUCCAAGUAUAUAUUCUUUGAAAUUGUUGUGUAUUCUUUUUUCUUUGUUUUCUGUUUUCCACUUCACCAAGCUGCAAAAAAAAAAUCUGUGUACAAUAUAGCUGCAAAUUGUUCUUGUAUCUAUCUCCUUAAAUGUAGUUAUGAGAAGUCAAAAGGGUUUGUGAUUGUUAUUAAGUUUUCCAUUUCUCAUUGGAAAAGAAAAGUAGUAUGAAUUUGAUUAUGUUAGACUCAGUUCGAAUGUUAUAAUGAAGCAUUUUCUUUUAUAUA